UUGACUCGCAACCGCCCAUUCAAGCUGGUCUCUGAGUUUGCCCCCACCGGGGACCAGCCCCAGGCCAUCGAGUCCCUGGUCCGCGGCGUCAAAGCAGGAAGGAGCCAGACCCUGCUGGGCGUGACCGGCAGCGGAAAGACGUUUACGGUGGCAAACGUGAUUGCCAGAACCGGCAAGAACACGCUUGUGAUAUCACACAACAAGACCCUGGCCGCGCAGCUCUACUCCGAACUGAGGCACCGGAGAGCUACAUGCCCCAGACCGAUACCUACAUUGAGAAAGGACACGCAGAUAAACGAGAAGAUAGAGAAGAUGCGGCUGGAGACCACCGCCAUGCUGCUCUCCGACGAGCCCACCAUCGUUGUCGCCACCGUGUCGUGCAUCUACUCCCUGGGAAACCCAGCGGACUGGGAUCAGAUGUCUGUCAUCAUACGCCAAAGCCAGAGGAUCAGCCGGCGGGAUCUCAUCGCCGGACUGCUAAAUGCCAGGUACGAGCGAAACGACACCGAGGUCGCGCCGGGCAACUUCCGGGUCCGGGGGGACACCAUAGACGUGGUGCCCGCCUACUCCAGCGACAUAGUGCGGAUCUCCAUGUUCGGCGACGAGAUAGAGAAGAUAAGCAUACUUGACAACAUGGCGUCCCAUGAGAGAAGGCAGGUGUCCCAGUUCAAGAUAUUUCCUGCCAAGCACUACCUCAUUGCCAGCGAUGUCCGGGACAGGGCGCUCGGCUCGAUCAGCCAGGAGCUGCAGGAGAGGCUCCCGGAGCUGCGGGAGCUGGAGCGCCAGCGCCUGGAGAUGAGAACAAGUUACGACCUUGAGAUGAUCCAGGAGCUGGGGUACUGCUCCGGAAUAGAGAACUACUCCCGGCACUUUGACGGGCGAAGUCCCGGCCAGCCGGCGUUCUGCCUGCUGGACUUUUUUGGCGACGACUACCUCCUGGUAAUAGACGAGUCGCACGUCACGCUGCCCCAGCUGCACGGGAUGUACAAGGGCGAUCGCUCAAGAAAGGAGCAUCUCGUGACGUACGGCUUUCGGCUGCCCAGCGCCUUUGACAACAGGCCGCUAAAGUUUGAGGAGUUUGAAGGAUACAUGAAAAACGCGAUAUUUGUCUCUGCCACGCCCGGCGACUAUGAGCGGGAGCGCUCCUAUCGGAUAGCAGAGCAGCUGGUGCGCCCCACGGGGCUGGUGGACCCUUCGGUGGAGAUAAGGCCCACCGGGGAUCAGAUGGACGAUCUGAUCGCCGAGAUUCAAAAGAGGGUGCAGAGGAACGAGCGGGUGCUGGUGACCACGCUGACCAAGAGAAUGGCAGAGGAUCUGGCCGAGUACCUCUCCAGGCAUGACGUGAGGGUGCGGUACCUGCACUCAGAAAUUGAGGGCCUCAAGAGGACGGAGCUCAUCAGGCAGCUGCGGCUGGGCGAGUUUGACGUGCUGGUGGGAAUCAACCUGCUCAGGGAGGGCCUGGACAUUCCAGAGGUCUCCCUGGUGGCAAUACUGGAUGCCGACAAGGAGGGAUUCUUGCGCAACAACACCAGCCUGAUUCAGACCUUUGGGAGGGCUGCAAGAAACGACGCCGGCGCGGUCAUCAUGUACGCAGAUACGGUCACGCGUUCCAUGAAGACGGCAGUGGCCGAGACCGAUAGGAGGCGCGCGAGGCAGGCGGAGUACAACCGGAGGCACGGCAUCACGCCGCAAACCAUCACAAAGUCCAUACCUGAGCAGGUGACCGAGGUUGAUGACAUCAAGAUCAAGUCCACGCACGACCUCUCCGCAGAUAUCGUAAACAUGGAUGCGCAGAUGAAGACGUGCGCGCAGGAGCUGGACUUUGAGGGGGCCAUAGAGUACAGGGACGAGAUCCGGAGAAUAAGCAAGGCAAUCGAGAGGAAGGGGCAUGGAAGAUAA